AUGCCACGGAAGCUGUGGGAGCAUCCGGAUCCCAAGAGCACCGUCAUGUGGCGCUUUAUGCAGGAGGCAAACAAGAAAUUUAAUUUAAAUAUGCAGACAUUCAAAGAGCUCUACAACUGGUCGUGCAACCACCGCAGCGAUUUCUACCAGCAUCUUUGGGAAUUCCAGCCCGUCAUCCACGAAGGCGCCUACACCCGCGUCGUCGACGAGUCGAUCCCCCUCACUGAGCUGCCCCGGUGGUUCGAAGGCGUGCGUCUCAAUUGGGCCGAAAACGCCCUCUAUACCCGAGACACUUCAUCCCCAUCCGCUGAGGCACGCAACACCCUGAAUAAAGAAGACGACAAAAUCGCAUUUACAGAGGUGCGAGAAGGAAAUACAGAAGUGCGACAUGUAACAUGGCGGGAACUCCGCAAAGAAGUCGCGGCUCUGGCGGCGGCGCUGAAGGAGAGAGGACUGAAGAAGGGCGACCGCGUGGUGAUUGUUGCAGGACAUUCGCUGAGGACAUAUGUUGUAUACCUGGCGACGACGUGGCUGGGAGGCAUCUUCAGCAGUAGCUCGACGGAUAUGGGGGUUGGCGGGUUGCUGCAGAGGGCGGUGCAGGUGAAUCCAAAGUUUGUCUUCUUUGAUGAUGGCGCCCUGUACAACGGCAAGACUAUUGAUCUGAGAAACAACAUCCAAGGCAUGAUCAACGGCAUGUCUGAGUGCGACCAGCUGCAGUCGUUUGUCAUUAUCCAGCGCUUCGCCAAGCCCUUUGACACAAAGGCCAUCUCCAAGACGGAGCGGUUCGAAGACUUUGUCCAGGCCGCCGCCAGUAAACCGCCUCCCGCCCCAGUUCGUAUCGGCUUCCAGGAUCCAUCUCUCAUUGUCUACUCCUCCGGAACAACAGGCACGCCCAAGGCUCUCGUCCACGGCGCCGGCUCGAUGCUUCUCUCCAUAACAAAGGAAGUUCACAUCCACCGAGGCAUUGGCCCCUCAGACACGGGUCUGCAGUACACCACCACCGGCUGGAUCAUGUACCAGUCCAGUAUAGCCCACAUGACGUAUGGCGCACGCUGUGUUGCCUACGAUGGAUCUCCCCUGGUGCCGGAUCCAAAGGUGCUGCUGCGGAUUGCUGAAGAGCAGAAGGUGACGCUGAUGGGAAUAAGUCCGAGAUGGAUGGGCGAGCUCAUGAAGAACGGCAUCGCACCGAGGGAGGAGUUUGACUUGUCGAGUUUGAAUUCAGUGACCACGACUGGCAUGGUGUGUCCGGAUCAGAUGUUUGAGUGGUUUUAUGAUAAGGCGUUUCCACCAAAGGUGCAGUUGGCCAACAUUUCAGGCGGGACAGAUAUUGCCGGCUGCUUUAUCCAGGAAAACCAACUUGACCCCCUCUACGUCGGCGGCUGUAUGAACGGCAGUCUCGGUGUUCCCAUCGCCACCUACGAUCACGAUCUUCCCGAGGGUAGUGCAGGCACUCCCCUUCCUCCAGGCAAUUCCGGCGAUCUCGUUGCCACCGCCGCCUUCCCCAACAUGCCAAUCUAUCUCUGGAACGACGGCCCCGGCCCAGCUCCCGGACCCAAAUAUCGCGCCGCGUACUUUGAGCGCUACGCCGGCGCCUGGGCCCAAGGCGACUUCUGCGUCGUCCAUCCAAAGACGGGUGCGGUUCACUUGCUGGGCCGAUCUGAUGGCGUGCUAAAUCCCAGCGGCGUGCGAUUUGGCAGCGCAGAUAUCUACGCCGUGCUGGAGAGAUGCUUCCCGCAGGAGAUUGCCGAGAGCUUGUGCGUGGGACAGAGGCGGCCGCAGGAUAUGGAUGAGAGGGUCGUGCUGUUUUUGCUGAUGAAGGGAGGGCGUGCGUUGGACAAGAAGUUUGUGAUGAAGGUCAAGGAGACGAUUGCCAAGGAGUUGACAAAGAGGCAUGUGCCCAAAUAUGUGUUUGAGAUUCCCGAAAUUCCGGUCACUGUUAAUGGCAAAAAGGUCGAGUUGCCAGUCAAGAGCAUCAUUUCCGGAAAGACGAUUAAGCCAAGUGGAACGCUGCUGAAUCCACAGAGCCUGGAUCACUUUUACCAGUACCAGAAGAUUGAAGAGCUGGAAGAGCCGCGGGCUAAACUAUAG